CUGGCCAUUGAUAGGACGCAAAUCGUCCGAGCCAGAUUCUUAUUACUUGCGGAACCCCCCGUCUGCGUACGAUGCGCCCUCAUGGUCGCGGACGCGAAAGCAGCGGGUCGAUUCUUCCGUACAUCAACAGAGCACGGAGCGCAGGUACCAGUGGUACUGUCAGCGAUCUCAGCUGACGCACAGCAAGGAUAACAAUACAGCGUCGAAGAUGUCUUUUGGCGAGAAAAUAGCAUCGAUCAUGCAGAGGCCCGGGCAGGACCCCGUUGCCAAGGACGAUGUGCCCUGGUGGAUGAAGUACGCGGGUCGCGGACUCGGCACCGUAGGCAGCAUAAUUGCGAUUUUCCUCGGUGCCUGGAAUUGCGCGUCGAUAAUCUUCGGUCAGAUCGAUUGCUUAAUUAGCGGUAUGUGGCAAAUGAUAGCUGGCUUCCUGGUCGUGAUGAUCGAGGCACCUUGCUGCUGCCUGUUCAUCGAUUUUGUACAGAAUUUAAGCGACUGGGUGGAGAAGAAGCCGUAUUGGAAUAGAGCGGGCGUUUAUUGUCUAAUAGCAGUGCCAGCAGUCUUCCUAUGUCCAGGAAUGGGGAGUAUAUUUGGCAGCGGUUUAAUAUUUACUACGGGGAUAAUAUACGGAUUGAUGUCCCUGGGUAGAAAGGCACCUUUUGGCGAAAUGAGAACAACAGCGAUGGAUGUUCAAGUUCCAUCAUCGAGCAUGCGGUCCACACUAGUUGAAAAUACUCAGCCAAUUGGUGUUAGCAGUAUCCCAGCUAGUAUUGUUUGAUCGUUAGGAAUUAAUUGGGUGAGCAAUCUAAUUUUUUUUGUUUUUGUACGAAUGAGCGUAAGUGAUAAUCAGUUAAAUGAUCAGUAGCUUAAACAAUUAAAUGAGCAUACGCGCUUCGUUUUACUUUAGUUCUAACGUAGGUACAAAUUGUAAUUCAAGCGUCCCAAUAAUAAGUUCGCAAGACACUUGUUAGAGCGUUUGGGAUAAAGUCGAAUACAAAUUGUAUCACGGACAUAUAAAUUCAAGUGUGUUACGAUCUGAGAAGAAAUCUAGAAAGAAAGUUUUCGAACUUUAAUACCUACUAUCGAAUUUUUUUCUAUUUAAAAUCAUUUUUAUUUCGACGUUUGAGACACAUUGAUUAGAGUUGUAUGUGCUUGUUAUAUCUUACGUUUGUAUGAAGUGUUUGUACAUAAAACGGAGCGGGAUACAUUACGAAGACAGUAUAGAAAAGGAUUUGUUGCUUCAUUUUAAUAAUGCCAAAGUCAAAGACUGUCAUAGAAAAUGAUGUUGUUUAUGGGCCUAGCAUCCGUAGGCCCAUUUGUCCAUUGUACGUCACGAAACGGUAACAGGCAAAACGAUAGAAAAUUGUAGAUGAUGUAACUUGUUUUAACGUAUGUAAUGUUAAAGCGCUUUAUUUUGCAAACAAUUAGUUAGGUAAGUCGACACGACAAGUGAAACUGAAUAAUACUUCCGCGAUCAUUUCGCAUUUGAAAUUAUGAAACACAUUGUUUUCAGAAUGUCAUAUAAGAAGCGAGAAAGUCAUAAUAUAUUAGUUUCAUAUUCCUUUUAUGUAUAAUAUUGCGUCUAUAGAUAAGCCUCUCUCUGCCAAAUAAACUGUAUAUAUACAUAUAUCUAAAAUUUUUAUGUGUUUUGAAACAACUAUUUAUGUACGCGGUAUUAUUUCUUCUUGUAGAAUUACAAACUUAAUCACUCUGUAUAAUCCACAAAUCACACACGCAGGGUGAGUUUAAUCACUUCAGUGUUUGCUCACAGUAUAAUUGUAAUCUAAGAAUUCAUGGAUAAAACAUUCCGUUUCACCUUUCUUUACUGCAUACUGGAAUCAUUUUAUUUUUUACAGAAAAACAGACUAAUGUAACGCGUUUAUAUUAAAGAAUGUAUUUAAAUUAACUAUCUUAUUGUGCGAUAUGGCAGAGGGAAAUAAUCUUUAUUAUUGGCACAAUCUUAUAAAUUAGACAGAUUUUGUGUAAUCACGAAUUCGAAUAUUGCAUACAUACAAGUCAUUUCUAUCGUAUUCAAUUUUAGUAAUAAGCUUCUUCAUUCUCGAUGUUAAGUCACAGUCAAAGUGUUAAAGUCAGGUUUCUCUUACAAAAAAGAAAAGAAAAGAGUAAGUUGCAAGAGAAUUCCAGAUAUCUGUAUUAUUACGUAACAUAUCUUGUAUAUAUACAUACAUUCUUACAGAUGCCUACCGCGCGAAUUUUCCAAUAGUCCACGUAAACAAUUAAAAAUGCAAAUUUCUGUGUGAUUAUGCAUAUCUUAGAAAUUGUGUGCAAGACACUUAUGGCACUUAACCGCAUGAAUAUUAGUUUCGUUACUGUUCUACCCCCCUGCGCUGCGCUUCUUAAAUUACUGAGAUUAGAUGUGCCAAAAGUGCUUGUUAAUUCACCACAAGUUAGUCAUUCCGCAUUAGCUAAAUUUUUUUAUUCGUAAUAUCUGUGCCGAUAUAAAUCUUUUCGAUAUCGUAUACAUUUCUUUUGUAUCUGAAACUUAUAAAUUUGUAUUACAAAUCGUUUCCUCCUUGUCCCACACAUUCCUCGUAUGUUACUUAAUUUAUUUAAGAAGAAGAAGAAAACUGUAAGAUGUUGUAUUGUCGUCUGGCUUUUACUUGAUAAAUGAUUUAUAUUUAGUGAAAUGAUUGCUCAUUAUAAAAUAAAUUCUUGUGAUCGAUGCAGUCACGUGCGUGUGUUGUCACACAACAAGAAAAAUAUCGAAAGCAUGUAUGUGUCUGGUGUGUCAUUCAAUUAUACAAGGUAUCCCACUUCGAAGGAAACAAAACCGUUGAAAUGAUAGAUCUUUUAAGUAAAUUGAAGACCUAAUAUUAAAUGUUAAUACUAACAUGUCAAUACGUGAAUAGCUUUUAAAUUAUAAGCGAUUAGAAAGAUUUUUUUCUAAUUAAGAUAUUAGAGAAAAAUUUUUCCGAGAGAUUAGAGAGAGGACAGUUUUUAUUUUUCAUCACUCGAGAACUUUUGUCUGCUUCUCAAGAUUUGUAACGUCAAAAUUUAAAUAGCUGUAUGUCGACUAGUAAAAAUAUUUGUCGAUAUUUCUUGUUGAAGGAAAAAAUCAAUCGAACUCACUGAAGAUUCUGUCAUUAGUGACUGCGCAAUUGAUCGAUUGGAUGAAAAGUGGAAUAUCCUGUAUAUGUGCUACGUAUAUACAUUUGCUGAGUAUUUUUUACUUGAAUUCUCAAGAUUAAUCAGCAUACAUUAGAAUAAUGGAAUGUAAUAUCCUUGCGUUUAACGAUGGAGAGCAAAAAUGUAGUGAGUAGAAUUGCAUUUACUCCAAAAUUGUUUCUUCUAUAGUCUGGCUGCGCCUUGCAGCAAUUCGUCGGACAAUCGGCCACCAAAUCGAUAGAGGAAGGGACAAUAAUAGGCGUAAAUACAGUUCAAUCACGCUGCAUUCGAGCAGGAUAACAUUUUGUUCUCCAUUAUGUAACAGUUGGAGGAUACAUGUGAUUAUUAUUCUAUUAGUGAUUCCGCAAUUGCUAUAUUCGCUGAGAAGAGUUAACAAUUAUGUUCUUUAAGUAAAUCUAGCUUAUUUAAGAUAUAGAAAACAUGUUCUCUGUGCGAGUAAAAAUUUAAGAUAUUGCAUAGUAAUGUGUAUGUUGAUUUCAUUCCGCUGGACUUGAACAUUUGUCAUAAGCGCCUCUUUUCUAUAUAAGCCUCGUACAAAAAAUUUGCAAAAAUGGAGAGAGAGAGAAAGAGAGAAGUUCACUUGGAAAACUAUUCUUUUUUUUACUAAUGCAGUGAAAAUUUUGUUCAUCAACAAUUUAUGCGGCAUUGUAAAUCGAUGUUCUCUGUUGGUUUAAUCAACAGUACUAAUGUAAUACAGUUAGCUGUACUAAUGUAAAUUUUGCUGAUUGAACAUAAAUUUAAUGAGUACGUAAAUUGAUGUCAAUUCGCGGCAAUUUCCGAUUAAAUGCAUCGUCAAAUUGCGGGCACACCGCAUGAUUUUUGUUAAUUACUUUUACAGAACAUUUAAAAAACGGGCCUCUGCGGACAAAAAUAAUCGUCCAAUUUAGAGCUGUCUCUCUCGAUCAGAUCUUUCGAAUGGCAGACGACGUUCCAGUAAUAAUAAUUAAAUAUAGUUCGGUGUAAUAAGUAUAUAGGAAGAGAGUGAAUAAAUAGUGAAUGAUUUAUUUAU